CGAUACUACGAGUCCUUGGAAAGGUCAUAAAUGAUACAAAUUCAUUUACCAGCGUUUGGCUGUGUUUAUUAGUGCAAGUGUAUAUUUUAAGGACCCGGAUAUUUUUCUCCGGUUUGAGUUGAGUUGUUUGCUGCAGUUAAAAUUAGCCAUACUGUGUAUGAGCUGUUUAGUAUUUACCACUUCGCCUUUACCUGCUCAGUUAGCUAACUAGCAGCUGGUAGCUAUGGCUGCAGUUAUUCUGAGUUUCCCAACUCUGCAGGGUCUGAGGAUAUUUUCACAAAAACUGUCAUGGACCAAAAGAGGCGUGAGGCUUGUUUCAGGAGGGGUUGGAAGAAUAGAGAAGGUGCUGAUUGCCAAUCGAGGAGAGAUUGCGUGUCGUGUGAUGCGCACGGCCAAGAAGAUGGGCGUCCGCUCAGUGGCAGUGUACAGUGAUGCAGACAGACACUCCAUGCAUGUGGCCAUGGCAGAUGAAGCCUACCACAUUGGUCCUCCACCCUCCCAGCAGAGUUACCUCUCCAUGGAGAAAGUUUUGGAAGUGGCCAAGAAGUCUGGAUCACACGCGGUCCACCCUGGUUAUGGCUUUCUGUCAGAAAACACAGAGUUUGCGGAGGCGUGCAAACAGGAAGGCAUCAUCUUCAUCGGGCCACCUUCCUCUGCCAUCCGAGACAUGGGCAUUAAAAGCACAUCGAAACACAUAAUGUCAGCUGCUGGGGUGCCAAUCAUUGGUGGUUACCAUGGAGAAGACCAAUCAAAUGAGAAGCUGCAAGCAGAGGCUGCCAAGAUAGGAUACCCUGUGAUGAUUAAGGCUGUCCGUGGAGGGGGAGGGAAGGGGAUGCGUAUUGCACGGUCAGACUCGGACUUCUUGGAACAGUUGGAGUCGGCGAGACGAGAAGCCAGAAAAUCCUUCAACGAUGAUGUCAUGCUGAUAGAGAAGUUUGUAGAGGAUCCCAGACAUGUAGAGGUUCAGGUGUUUGGGGACAUGCACGGUAACGCUGUCUAUCUGUUUGAGAGAGACUGCAGCGUCCAAAGGAGACAUCAGAAGAUCAUAGAGGAAGCACCAGGGCCGGGUAUUAGUCCUGAGGUACGGAGAAAACUUGGAGAGGCAGCGGUUAAAGCAGCCAAGGCUGUCAGCUAUGUAGGGGCAGGUACCGUGGAGUUUAUAAUGGACGCCCAGCAUAACUUUUACUUCAUGGAGAUGAACACCAGGCUGCAGGUGGAACAUCCUGUCUCUGAGAUGAUCACUGGAACUGACCUGGUGGAGUGGCAGCUCAGGGUGGCAGCAGGGGAGCGCCUGCCUCUCCUCCAGGAUGACAUAAUUUUAAGGGGACACUCAUUUGAGGCUCGUAUCUAUGCUGAGGACCCUAACAAUGACUUCCUUCCAGGGGCGGGGCCUCUACUGCAUCUCUCCACCCCUCCACCAGACCAACACACACGCAUAGAGACUGGAGUCAGAGAUGGGGACGAGGUGUCUGCACAUUAUGACCCAAUGAUCGCCAAGCUUGUGGUGUGGGGAGAAGACCGAUCAGCUGCCUUAAAGAAGCUGCGGUACUGCUUACGACAGUACAAUAUCGUGGGACUGAACACUAACAUUGACUUUUUGCUGAGUCUUUCCGGCCACCCGGAGUUUGAGGCUGGAAACGUGACCACCAGCUUCAUCCCUCAGCACUACGCUGACCUCUUCCCCACUCCGAGAACUCCUUCUGGGGAAACGAUCUGCCAGGCGGCCCUGGGCCUGGUGCUGCAGGAGAGGAAACACACACAGGAGUUCACACAGACCUCUGCUGACCCCUUCUCCCCAUUUGGCUCCAGCAGCGGCUGGAGAAGCAACAUUCAGUUUAACAGAAACAUGACACUGCAGCUGGGAGACAAAAAAGUUGAUGUGGUCGUCGUGUACAACAAAGAUGGAAGCUACACAAUGCAGAUUGGUGAGGAGGUGUUUCAUGUCACAGGGGAGGUGGAGCUGGAAGGUGGAGUGUCAUUCCUACACUGUUCUGUCAAUGGCGUGAAGUCUCGUCCCAAACUGGUGAUUCUGGACAACACAGUUCACCUGUUCUCCCCGGAAGGAAGCGCCGAAGUGUCUGUUCCUGUGCCCAAGUAUCUGGCUGGUGUGAGCAGCUCUGGGGCUCAGGGUGGAGCGGUGGCCCCCAUGACUGGAACCAUAGAGAAGGUGCUAGUGAAGGCCGGAGACAAGGUGGCCGUAGGAGACGCACUGAUGGUCAUGAUCGCCAUGAAGAUGGAGCAUACGAUCCGGGCGCCCAAGUCGGGUGUGAUCAAGAAAGUUUUCUUCAGCGAGGGCUCUCAGGCCAAUCGCCAUGCUCCUCUGGUCGAAAUGGAAGAGGAGGAGGAGGGGAGCAGCCAGUAAACACACACACACCACCCACAAUUACACACUGACAGGUAGGAGAGAGCCGGAACUAGUUUCUGUGACAACCAGAGGGAAAGUAAGUCAACCUGAACAGGGUUGGUGUCCAGCACUUGAUCUUGAUACUUCUUAAAGUCGGGACAUGAAUCAUCAUGAGUUUGGUUCAGUCUGGAAUGGAUGAGACAAAAUCGGUCACCCUGGGGACCCAAAAUGCUUUUAGGAAGGUCAUAAAAAAGUUACUGUGACAUGAAA